ACUUCAUUUUAUUUUGUUUUUUUCUUCUAAAAAUCUUUUCAUAAAAAAUAAAUAAUUAUUAUUUUGUUUAUAUAAUUCUUUAUAAUAAUUAAUAUUUUUAUUUAUUUAUUUUAAUUAAAUAACUUAUUUCAUAAUUCAAAAUAUUCCAUUUAAUUUAUAAAAAACUCAUAAAAAUCCAUAAAAAUUCAUAAAAAAUAUUUUUGCACUCGAUUUUAUUUUUCUUAUCCCGAUUUAAUUAAUUAGGUCGCGAGACCAAUAAUUAAUUAAAUCGUUUGUACUUUCUUAUUUUAAGUUCGUACCCUAAUCAGGGUUUACGAAGACCAUGCCCUACACUGAAUGUUUUUCAUUUGCGCCUUUUCAGGGUUAUCAACAUGGUUCCUUCCGACUACGCGCCCGAUCAAGACCCAAAGCUAAGUACCCUAUUUAUUCUUUUUUAAAAGUCUAUUUUGUUUCCUUUUGAUUUUAGGGUUUGUCUUGCCUACAUUCACUUUUCUGCCUUCGCCAUUUUUCAGGGUUAACCCCGAGGUUUCUUCCGACCGCCAACCAUGUCAGGUCAAAUUCAAAAUGCAAAGCUAAGUACCUUUUUAUUUAUUUAUUCUUAAUUUCUUUAUCUUUUAUUUUUUAUUAGGGUUAACCCUAAUUAUCCCUGAACUAAUAAUGCACUCACUAUAUUUUGCCUUCUUGUUUUUCCGCCUUUUCAGGGUUUGUCAAAUUGCCAAAGCUACGAACGUUGGUAACCCUAAACUCUAUCUCAAUUAUUACUUAUGUUAAACCUUUUAUUUUUAUAUCCCGCUGGCUUCAAUUCCCCUCUCCUCCGCUGGUUACAAUUUCCCUUCCCCGUUAUUACUGUUUAUAUUAUACUGCGUGGUUAGUAAUUCUAGGGAGUGACAACUUUGAAUUGAAUCUAGCAUCACUAAUUACAAGAUGAUAUAACUGAACAUAAUCACAUGAUUAGUGCACCCACGCACACUUUUGGGUAACCCUCUCUGUUGCCUGUUGCCUGUUGCUUAUUGCCUGUUGCCUUGUGAUUUUUUGCAGAAUAGCCAGUCCCUCGAAUACGAGGAUAUCUCAGCCAUGCUGCCUCGAUAAAUAAAGGUCAUGCGACCCUAAUGAUGCUGCCUUCGAUACACUGAUACGACCUCGACCCUCGGAAGUUGCCUACGAAAAGGCUGAGAUAUCCUCUGGUUGCCUACGAAAAAGGCUGUUCUGAUCCUUCCCUUUAGACUACCUGCCUUCUCUAUGGCAUGGGUCAGUCUUAAGGCGAAUGAUAACUCGAUGACCCGUUUACAUCCAAACGAAAGGCUUCCUGCCCUCUUAUGGCGUGGAUAGACCCUUUUAUCCUGAAAGGCUAAAAGAAACCUAUCAUCUAAGUUUAAGGUAAUUGCCCCUAAUUGCUUUGCCUUGCUCUAAAUUUUUUUUCUAUAUUCUUUCUCAAAAUUCUUCAAAAAUGGCUACGCUCAUUUACGAGCUAAAGUCCACUUUUCUUCUUCUUCUACAUUUGUGAAAACAAAGAGCAAAGCAAUUAAGAGCCCAUGGAAAACCAUGGAUGCAAAGGGUGCCUUACACCUUCCCUUUGCAUAAAUUACCCCCCGAACUCAGUUUUCUUUAAAAAGGUUUUUUUCUGUUUCUUUUAGCCUUUCUAACUUGUUUGGAUAAAAUAAAAGUCGGUGGCGACUCAUGCUUAACCGCAACAUUUCGAUUAAAAAGUCAGUUCACCGUAUUUCACCCACCUAAAAUAAUUUCAUCAAAAUGGCGUUGUUGUCGAGGAUUGGGGUUUAGAUAUUGCAAGCAUUGCAAUAGUUUAUAUUCUUUUAAGUAAUACUACACUGUUAUAAAUCAUUAUAUUUAUUAUCCCUCAUGUUUGUUCAUUUGUGUGGUUAGUGUUUUAGAACUUUGUUUAUGCGAGGAAUUUUUCCAAAAGAUCAACUUCUUUUUUAUCCUGAGAUUGAAAGAACAACUCGAAAAAUCAACAACAAAACUAGAAAGAUAAAGCAGCUAGCCAAAUGAAGGAACCAACGGGAAGGAACUUCUACUUCCUCAACAAACCCUAUUAUCGAAGAAGUCAUGGCUGAAGAAAUUAUUGUCCAUGGUCCUUGUGUAAAUAGCCCAAGAAGAAAUGCUCAUAUUGUCAGACCUGCACAUAAUGCAAGAAAUCCAUAGAUGACGGUCGGAUUGCUACAAAUCUUGUAUGCAAAUCCUUUCACUGGGCUUGACCAUGAAGAUCCAUAUACUCACCUUACCAAGUUCUAUGAGAUUUUCGGGACACUUGGAGCUCCAGAAGCAGAAGAAGAACAAGUUUUCAUGAGAUUGUUUCCUCAUUCUUUGGCCGGGAAAGCAAAAUAGUGGUAUCUUGAUCAACCAAAUCAAACUAUGACAAUUGGAAUAUGCUUGACGAAAAUUUUCUUGAUAGGUUCUUUUCACACAACAGAUUUAUGGAGGCCAAAACCUCAAUUGUUGUAUGUUCUCAAGGUUCGAGUGAAUCCCUUUGUGAAGGUUGAGAGUGAUACAAGUCAAUGUUGAGAAGAUGUCUUAACCGUGGUUGUGAUGAUCUUACUCAAAUUCACAUCUUCUACAAUGGACUUCAACCACAACCAAAACUUCUUUUGGAUGUAACUCCUGAUUGUUCUUUAAUGUCUAAGAGCGCAGAAGAUGUAAUAUCUAUUAUUGAUUUAAUGACAUUAAAUGAUCACCAAGUUCAACAUAAUAGAGGGCCCUCACAUAAGAAAGCUGGAACCAUUGAAUUGGGAACAAAGUAUGCAAUUUUAGCUCUAAACAAACGGUUAUCUCAACAAGUGGAAGAACUUACAAAGCAAACGUCAAAGCUUCCACAACAACUCAAAGAGAUGCAAGAAGUUCCAAACAAACAUCAACAAGUAGCAUUUUGUGAGCUUUGCAAUGGAGAUCAUCCUACAGGUUAUUAUACUCCGGCAAAUUAAGAGGUGAACUAUAUGGGAAAUCAAAAUCAAAAUCAACAAAGGCAAAUAUUUCAACCAGUGUGGCUAAUAGAAUGAUUCAAGAAAGAUUUCAACACUUAGGAGAAACUGUAAGUAGACAUUUUUAUUAUGUGUUAUUUGCUUGCUUGAGUUUUUCCAUGGAAUAUAUUAAGUCUCAAGAUCCUUUGUUCCAUGAUAGUCAUUCAAAAAUUAGAACUGAUCAACGAUAUUGGCCAUUUUUAAAAAAUGUCAUAUGAGCAAUUGAUGGUACACACAUUCCAUGUGUGGUUAGUGUUGGCGCUCAAAUUAGAUUCAUCGGAAGAAAGGGAUAUUCUACACAAAAUGUAAUGGUUGUAUACGAUUGGAACAUGCGAUUUACUUUUGUAUUAGCUGGGUGGGAAGGUACCGCUCAUGAUGCUCAUAUUUUUUACCAAGCUCUCACAAAUGCUAAUCUGAAUUUUCCACAUUCUUCUCCAGGUAUGUAUUAUUUGGUGGAUGCCGAUUUUCCAACACCAAUGGAAUAUCUUGGUCCAUAUAGAUGUGAACGUUGCCAUCUUCCUGAUUUUAGACGGUCUAAUGGGUUUGAUAAUCAUAAUGAGGUAUUUAAUUAUUAUCAUUCAAGUUUAAGGUGCGGAAUAGAAAGAACUUUUAACCUAUGGAAGAAUAGGUUUGCAAUUUUACGUCACAUGCCUAAAUUCUCAAUUAAGACACAAGUUAAAAUAGUUGUUGCAACAAUGGUUAUACGCAACUUUAUUAGAAGGAAUGCUAAAAUUGAUGUUGAUUUCCAUCGUUAUGAAGAUGAAGACAUAGACCUUGAUCACGACGAUUAUCGUAGACCGAUUGACUUGGAUUCAUCUCAAAAUUUAAAUAUAGCUUCUUCAUCUGAAAUGAAUCAUGUUGAAGAUUCAAUUCGUGAUCAAAUAUUAGAAUUAAAAAAUAAUAAUUAAAAUUGUAUUAGUGAUUCGAAUUUGUAUUGCACUUUAUAUUAUAUUUUCUACUUGUAGUUUGAUUUGAGUACUUCAUAUUUAACAAGGAGUUGUAUUUGUACUUUUAUUUGAAUGAUUUAUUUUUAAAACCCUUUUUAGUCAUUUGCAAUCCCAAAAGCAAUUUUAAUAAAGAUAUCCAAAUAACAUUUUUCAUAUAAAUAACUUUAGUUGUGAAUAUAUCCGAACAUAAACCACUUUAUAUUAAAUUUAAUUUUAAUUAAAAUUAAUUAUGUAAAAUCAAUUUUCUCAAAAUCAAUUUUUUUACCACAGAAUCAAACAAACGCGAA